GUUAAAUUGGAUAAGAGGUCUCGGAGCUCAAAUACAGUGCGCGAGUAUUUAAAUCUCUGUGAUAUAAAUAAUAAAAUGGGAAAUUGUCUGUUUGGAGGGCUAGGGGACGACGAAAAUGAAGUGAUAAAAGUCAUAACAUCUAGCGGUGGAGUCAUGGAGUUUUACGAGCCGACUACAGCAGAGAGCAUCACUGACGAAUUCCCCGGCCAUGUCAUUUUUAGAAGCCACGAUCUUUUCUGGAAUCCAAUUCCUCACAAUGAAAUGUUAUCAACAGGCAAUUCGUACUACCUCCUCCCACUCCCUCCUCUCAACAAAAAAUUCAAUCCAAACAAAGCAAAUGCAGCUGGUUUGGACUACGCGCAGCAACAUCAGCUACAAAUAGGCCACGUGAGAUCCAAAAGCCGCAUUCCUUCUGCACAUUGUCCGUCUACAACUGCGCCUUAUCGGAUGUCAUUUGAUCAUUGUAGCCGCAAAGUGUUCAAGAAAACAUCGCCUUUACGCAGACAAGCAGGAUCAGGAGGCUUGAGGCUAAGUGCGGAAAGCAAUAGAAGUAAUAGUGACAAGUGCAUGUCAAGAUGCGGCAUUUGGAAGGUUAAGCUGGUAAUAAGCCCUGAACAGCUUGCGGAGAUACUGUCACAAGAGGCCAGGACUGGAGAGUUAAUUGAGAGCGUCAGAACAGUGGCUAAGUGCGGAAAGAAUAACAACAAUUGUCCCUCUUCAUCAUCUGAGUCCGCCUUUUCAGACCUCUGGGGCCUGGCUGUCUCGACGUCCGAUUCCAGGAAUUGAUUUAUUUGUUGUUAGUGUGCGCCCAUUACACAUAUUAGAAAAUCCGUUAAUUAUAUAUUUAUUUAUUUACAUUAUCACCUGCACGCUUUGGAGAGAUUUGUAUAUUAAUGUGUGUGCAACUUCAUUCAGAAAGUUGGAACUUCUGAUUAUGUAAUGUUUUGGUUUGUUGACACAGAGCCUUGCAAUUUUUGGCAAGAACUCUUUAAGUAUUACUUCUAACUAAUUCCAGGAGCUAAUUAAAGUGAU